AUGCCACGACUACACCCGGAGGAGGUACGAGAACUCCACGGUGCGGCGCGCCGCACCAUCACAAGAGACGGACAAACUUUACUAAACAACCGAACAGGACGCGGCACACCCGCCAGCUAUCGAGCAACCUUUACUCCCGGCAAUACUCGAGCGCGAGGACGUGGACGAGGCCGUGGAUUCGCGUCGCAGAACUUUAACGAGAGCAAAGCUCCGACCCCUUCAACGACACCUUCGCGCACCUCCUCACCUGCGCCGGGCAAUCAACGAGAUUUCAUGAACGCUGCGAUUGAUAGAUUUACAGUGCUCAAACAAGAACGAGAAGGUGAGCGCGCCCAGGCCAUUCGCGACGGGUUCCUUGCCGAUCCGGACAAAAAGACUAGUCUCGACAACGCUAUUACCCCUGUAGGAACCUGCACCGAUAUGUGUCCUGCCUUCGAGAGAGUCGAGCGCAUCGUGCAGAAUAUGGUCGACAAAGCUGAAAAGAUCCAUAAUGAUGAUACAGGCAAAGACGUGCCAGCGGAGGACCGGAUGGUCAAGCGAUUUCGACGGUCUGCUGCUGGUUACGACGAACAACUCCCUUCAGACAUACGGACUCCACAAACUCUCCGGCGAACCCUGGACUAUCUCCUCGACAAGGUCAUUGGAGGGGAUGAGCGUCUGGCUACGGUUCACAAGUACAUCUGGGAUAGAACAAGGGGGAUUCGAAACGACUUUUCGAUCCAGCAAGUCACUAAACCAGAAGAUGUCAAGAUUGCAGUGGAUUGCUACGAGAGGAUAGCCAGGUUCCACAUCCUCUCUCUCCACCAGCUCACCAAUGCAGACAAUCUCUGGGAAGGUGAAAACUUCGAUGCACACCAGGAACGAGAGCAGCUGAACAACACUUUACUUUCCUUGCUGUACUACUACGACGAUCAUCGACAACAUAUUGACUUUCAAAACGAGGGUGAGUUCAGGGCCUAUUGCAUCAUCUUUGAGUUGCAAUCACAGAAUCCCGACCUAGAGGAUCGAGUCCAGUCCUGGACUCAGAAUCUACUCAAGGAUAGGAGGGUCAAGACGGCCUUAAAGCUCUACAAGGCUGCAGGCAAUACUGUCUUCGACCAGGGACCGCUGCGGCCGAUGGAGGCAUUUGCCAUUGCUCAGAACAACUCCGGCAGCUUUUGGAACGUGCUUGCUUCCAAUGCCGUUUCUUAUGUCAUGGCAUGUGUGGCAGAGAUCUACUUCGGCCCUGUUAGAUUCACAGCACUUGAUGCACUAUGGCAUUCUGCCAAGAGUGCUCCAGCGGGCCAACAGGCGAAAUCCCGAGAUUGGAGUCUUGCGGACCUCACAGCGUAUCUUCGAUUCGACACGGAAGAAGAAACCAAGGAUUUCUGUGGUGCAUUUGAGCUAGAUUUUACGAGUGACGGCAAUGCCGAAUAUCUGGAUCCAACAUCAAACAGCGAUGUCAACCUCGAUCAAUCUUGCAUUCCGCGAUCACAAUCGUUUUCGUACAAUUUGGUCGAGAAGAAGCGGUACCGCCGAACAUUGACGGCGGUGAUCAAUGGCACCUCGGUUGCCCGAGCCAUUCGAGAGGGUUGGAUCGAAGCAAGUGAAGAGAUGGUAGACGAGCAAGAAGAAUCCAGGGACGACGAGCAGAGUCUCUUCGUACCAGAAGGGAACUCUUUUGGCGGUUUCACUCCUUCGUCGAGUUUUGGAAAAGGUCUCAAUCCCAGUGCGUCGAUCUUCAAGCCAGCAGUAUCUCAGCAGUCAAUGGUGAAGAGCUCUACUUUCGGCCAACCUACAGACCAAAGUAAAUUUGGCAUACCGACAUCCAAUCCCACCUUCACCACCUUCGGGCAGCCCGCCGUUGCGGCAUCUACACGGGCAGCGAUCACGCCAGAGACUAAUGGUUCGAGCAUCUUCGCGAAGGCGGCGGCUGAAGAGAAGAAGCCUGGUUCGUCAUUUGGCUCGCCAACCAGCUCGGCCGCUCCUGAGUUCAAUCAAUCAUUCUCCUUUACUGCGCUGCCUCAGACAGCCCAGAUCCAAUCACCACCGAUACCGUCACCGUCCAGUUUGAGAACAUUUGGUAUACCAAAGAAGGAGGAGGCGGCAGCAAUGGUGCCUGUGUCGCAGCCUGUCGUCGCAAGAUUCCAAUUUGGGGAGGGGUCACUGACGCCUGCCGUCGCCACUGCCACCGCUGCUGGCCCGGUCCAGCAAGCAGGAGCGACCAGCAGCAGCGUGACUACCGUCCCAGGUAUCUUCACAUUGUCAGAUCCUAACUUGCCCCCAUUCCCCGUUGGGAGCCUGCAGUCACAUGACCGUAAGUCUAGUUUUUUUGUCCUUCACGCAUUCUCAUUCAAUGCCUUCGUUGCCACUUCAAUUCCCGGAUUCACGCCCACAACCUCAAUUCACCCAUCUGCCGUGCCAUCUACUCCCCUCAAAUUUCCCAGAUUUGAUUUCGCAAAUCCAUCAACUUCACCAUCUGGAACACCACCUCAACUCCAACAGCUACAACAAAAACCACAAGAACAGUCUGUUAUUAAUCAAUCUACGGCGUUGGAGCUGGUCUCAACGUCGGAAUCCUUCAAAUUUCCCGCAAUCUCCUCCGAACCUUCAUCCCGAUCGCCCAAUCCUUUACCCGCAUUCUCGACACCAGCUGCCGGCUUUGAAUUCCAACCAACAGCUCCUGCUCCACCUCCACUAAGAAACACUAUCUCUCCCUCAUCCAUUCCACCCCAAGCAUCUCCGGAGCCUAGCUUCAGCCAGAAGGACAAGAACCGACUUGUUAACGAUUUUGCUCGUGUCGCAUUAUUGCGUCCGCAUGGUCUGAUCCAAAACUUCAUUGAAUACAAUCUACCCGACAUCGUCAAAGCAGUCUUCAUUCAGCACCAUCGUGACACGCACAACGCAGCCGUUGCUUCUGUUCGUCAACGCAUCAUCAUGCGCAAAUUUGCCAACCUUUGGCGGUCCUUGACCUGGAACAACCUUCUACGUCGAAACGCGGACAAUCGACGCCAGCAAUUCUCCGAAACCAUCAAAGCAAGCGAGGCCAAAAAAAGGAAAAGGGACGAUGAGUUGAAGGACAUUCUCGCAGCUGUUGAAGAGUCGAAAGCCGUUAAGCGUUUAAUGCAACAUGAAAAGGAGAUAGCCGAAGAAUUUGAAGAAACAAAAGCGGCUAGAAGGAAAGAGAACGAGGCAACCCGCAGUAUGCAAAAAGUCGCUGGACAAAAGCGAAAGAGCCUUUCAAAUCACGACGACCUUGUCGACGAUGGUGAUUCCGCAAACCCCGGGCCUUCCACAUCCAACCACAAGCGGUCUCGUACACUUGAUGCAUCGUCUAAUCCUUCCAGCUCCGCAGAAGGAUAUGCUGAAUACCUUGCCGGCAAAUUUCCUACAAUUUGGCCAAAAUUUCCACCCCGAUCAUCACAAAUGGAAAGUUCCACGCGUUAUCGAGACCUCAGGCUCACGUCUUUCCUGUCUUCAGGAAAACGCGAUCGACCAAUGGUCGACAAAACAGUGACAGAUUACUUCAGGCUCAAGGCUCUCGGGAUUGAUCCAGAUACUCCUUUGGUCCCAUUGACGGAGAAACAGCUUGAAGCGAAAAAUAAGCGAGAAGUCGAAGAGAAGAAACGGACGAUUGAGCGGAUCACCCGUCGACACUACCAUGGAGGAAGAUUCCGGCGGCGGCCGUCCCCUAGCCCACCUCUCUUCCCGGAGACAUCCCCUCCUGGUUCUCCAUCUCCAGUACCAGCUGAACCCGUACCAGUAACCAACGCGAAACCACCUACCUGGAAUGAUGAUGAUGAUGAUGACCUUCUCAAACAAGCUAGAGCUCAACGGAAAGAACUUGAAGAAGGUUCGAAUUGGCUCAAUAACCCAAGUCUGGAAGUCGAGCAAGAGAUCGAAGAAGAGGUGGAGCGCAGAGUCAAGGAAGAACUCGGUGCGCACAAUGGUCAUUCAUCAGUUUCAAGAUCACCGGAUGGUUUGGCUCGUGUCAAUGGUUUUGAGUAUCUACCCGCCCCAACGAAACUUGGUGUCCCCCUUUCUCGCUCAGAGCAACGGAUUCGAGCAACUGGCGCCCACGGACUUGCUUUUAAGCCAUUACGUCCACAUGCCGACUAUGUAUCUAUUGGGGUGGCAAUGUCGAAACGAAGUGCCUCGAAAUACGGCAACAAAUUGACCAGCCAGCAAGUGUCCAACCCGUUGAACAAGAAACCUCUUGGUGAUGAUGGAAUCGAGUCAACACUUCAUGAUAACGCUGUCUCCUGCAAGAUUUUCAACUCACAAAAAACUUCCUCCAAAAGGCAACCCGCCAACGCCAGCGAUGAUGAUGAAGAACAUCAACCUUACCAAUCUGCAUUCGCAAACAGUCAACGUCAAUCGCGUUACACUGCCCAUGACGAUGAGGAGGAAGAGGAGUUGGUGGAAGAGUCGGACGAAGGAGCCCCAAGGGAAGAAUAUUCCGAUGGCGACUACCACCUUGAAGAUGGAGAAGACGAAGAUAAUGAUGAAGACGAUGAUUUGGAAGCAGAUGAGGACGAAGAUGAAUUUCUCAACGGUGGCAAUCAAGCUUAUGGCAACAGUGGUUAUGCACUUCCCGCAGAGGAGCUUGUCGACGAUGCCAUGACCCCAUCAACCAACGCGCAAGCAAGUCGAGCUGCGAGCAGUGUCCCUGGAGCGAGUGCUGAUGAUGCAUUCGUGCUGAGUGAUAGUGAUUGA